AUGGCUUUUGUUCCAAAUUAUGGCUUCCCAUACUCUUCUUCACCUCCCCCACCUCAUUUUCCAAUCCUGCCACCACCCUACCACCCCAAUUUCCCGCCACCACCGCCGCCAGCAGCAGCAAAACCACCCAGCCAUCCAACCCUGCCACCACCGCCACAUCCACGAUCACCACCACCACCACCACCACCGCCGCCUGCAAUUCCACCACCACCUUCGCCAGGACAUCAUACUACCAUCAUAGUUGUGUUUGUGUCACUGGGUGGCCUUUUUUUACUGGGGUUUCUUUCGGUGGCAUUAUGUUGCUUUCUGAAGAAGAGGAAGAAGAAACAAAUUCAGGAGAUGGAAGUGGUGAGAGUUGAUGAGCACUUGAAAAUUCGAGAAGCUGUUGUACCAGGUCCAAAUGGUACUACACAAACUGUCAUACUAAGUAUUGAUGAAGAUAUUCACGUUGAAGAAGAGACUAAGAAGAAUGAAAUAGUUAGCCAAGUGUCUCAGAAUCAUCCUGGCCAUGACCUUGAAAUAGCCAAAGAAACAACAUCUUCUGAUGCCAAGAACAAUGAUAUUCACCAGAAAAGCUAA